GAACGUGGGGGUAGGGCCCGGGCGGUUGGGCCCGUGCGAAGGCGAAAGUGUGCCGCGUAUAUAAGGCCCGGAACAGCCGGCAAUCAGCAUCCAGUUCACUCCUGGACUCACCCAGAACAUCGUGAACACAAAAAUGAGGAGUCUGCUUUGCUUGGCACUACUGGCCCUGGCCGUAUCGGCGUUGGCUGAGGACGUUAAGGAAGCCAAGAGCGUCGAGAAGACAUCCGAUGCCAAAUCUGCGACUUCCACCAAGAAACAGGAAAAGCGUGGCAUCUUUGGACUAGGUUACGGUUAUGGCUAUGACGUCGGGGGUUACGAAAUCGGUGCCGGAAGUCAUGGAGGUGGUCUUUCCUUCGCUUCCUCGGGUAUCGAUCUCUCUGGCUUGAGUGGCUACUCUGGAUAUUCUGGUCACGGCGGUUCCAUUGAGGGACUUGGUGGAUACGGAGGAUACAGUGGAUACGGAGGACACGGUGGAGAACACGUGAAGACCGUCACCGUCGUUAAAAAUGUCGCCGUUCCAGUUCCAGUAGAGAAGCACAUACCUUAUCCAGUUGAAAAGCACGUACCUUACCCAGUUAAGGUACCAGUACCUCAACCCUACCCCGUUGAGAAACAGGUCCCUUACCCAGUUAAGGUCUACGUCAAGGUACCAGUCCACGUACCCCAACCGUACCCAGUUGAGAAGAAGGUACCCUACCCUGUCCACGUUCCCGUCGACCGUCCUUACCCCGUCAAAGUUCUGGUCCCUCAACCUUACCCAGUUGAGAAGCAGGUACCUUACCCAGUCAAGGUACUCGUUCCUCAGCCGUACCCUGUUGAGAAGCAAGUACCCUACCCAGUCAAGGUACCCGUCCACGUACCCCAACCUUACCCAGUUGAAAAAUUGGUACCUUACCCAGUGAAGGUACCAGUCGACAGACCCUACGCCGUUCAUGUACCAAAACCGUAUCCAGUGACUGUCGAGAAGCACGUGCCUUAUCCAGUAGAAAAGCCCGUUCCCUACGCUGUCAAAGUACCUGUUGACAGGCCCUACCCUGUGCACGUUGACAGGCCCGUGGCAGUCCCAGUAAAGGUAGCUGUACCUCAACCCUACCCCGUUGAGAAACCUGUACCUUAUCCAGUGGAAAAGCCCGUACCUUACGCGGUUAAGGUACCCGUCGACAGACCCUACCCUGUGCACGUCGAGAAGCCUGUGCCCUACGCCGUCGACAGGCCUGUACCUUACGCGGUCAAGGUACCAGUAGCGUAUCCGGUUCACUCCGCCGAGGAACACGGUGGUCAAGGAGUUCAGAUAUCGGCUCAAGAUUCGUACUCCCAAGUUGGAACCUACAAUUCUGGAGAAUCUGGAUACUACCACCAUUAAAAAUGGACGACCUACAUGGUGACACAAUUGAGACCUUAAUUUAGUAGUAGCUGGUUUGCCUACCCCGAAGACCUUACUUGAGAUCCAUUAUGAAAAUCAUUGUUAUUUCAACGAUCAUGGAUCGCAAGUAUCUCUCAAGUUCUGUCGGAACUUGAGGUCUUGGUCGAAGUUCACUGAGACCUCAAGUUACGAGUACCUUAAUUAUUGUAUCUUACAGAAUUACAAUGACAGAACACGCGCGAUUUCGCUCAGUACCAAACUUAAACCAUUCCGCUUGAGAUACUCUUUUGUACCUAUAUAUAUAGUGUAAUAUUUUUUAUACAGAAAUAAAUAUAAAGAAUUAAAAAAAUAAA